UUCAUGACGUGCAGUAGUUCAAGAACUACUCUCGUAUGCACGACCCAACAUGUGUAUAAAAGUGCUGUUACCUGCAGACUGGACAGUGUCGCCACAUCCUCGGCUGACACACUCUCCUCAUCUGCAGCUCACUGGCAGAUUCACACUGCAGGAAUGAACAGUGUCUCUUUGACCCCAGCCAUGCUCUCCUUCUCAACUCCAUCCCCUCUCUACCUGAGUCUCCUCCUCUUUCUGUCGCACCACUCCCUCGUUCUCUCCUGUGAGGUCACGGCCGAGUGCAAGUCCGCUCCCUUUGUGCCAGGCUACAACCUGGUGGGGGAGGGCUUUGAUAUGGUCACCCUGCGAAGGAAAGGAGCUUAUACGAUCGACGUGAAGACUUACGCCACCCCAAAUGGCACCUGUAUCCUCCGUCGCAACCCUCUUCAAGGCAACGUGCUGCAGAAACUGCCGCUCUCUGCAGUAGACUGGCGCACAUUCAGCCGCUGCCGUCUUCAAUUGUACAACAGCAAACACAGCUCCAUCAGCUCACUACUUCACAAACACACAGACGAAGACAGCAACAGCUUGAAAGUGGGACUAGAUUUGACAAAAUUUGUCGGCCUGGAGGUGGGGGGAACACGUUCCACUGCAUAUAGCUUUACUACAGCCAGGAGCAAAGAGGACCAUUACACCUUCAGCACUCACAGAGUCACCUGUAGCCAUUACAGUUACCGUGUGUCAGACACACCACCCCUCAGCUAUGAAUUUAGUAGGGAUUUGGCAAACCUGCCCAGUUCCUACAGCGUCUCAAACAAGACCCAGUACAGACGGCUCAUAGAGACCUACGGCACACAUUAUAUCCGCCAGGUUCAUCUUGGGGGCCGAUUCAGGCGAGUCACAGCUGCACGUAUCUGUUUGUCCAGACUGAAUGGCCUCUCCUCUGACGAGGUGCACGACUGCUUGUCAGGGGGUAUCAGUGUAGGCCUGGGGAUGGCCAAAGUGUCCCCUAAUGUAGAGACCUGCAGCAAAGUCAUAAAGAACAAGGGCACCUCCACCUUGUUCAGCUCUGGACUCCACCAGCAUUACACAGAGGUGGUAGGAGGCAAAGGUUGGGUCGGGGAGUUUGCACUCACCCGGAACGACUCCGUGGGCUACCGAAAUUGGCUGAAAACCCUCAAGGAUCACCCUGAUGUUGUUCGGUACUCCCUGAGACCACUGUACGAGCUGGUGCCAAACCCGACAAAAAAGCAAGGACUGAAGGCCACCAUAGAGCAGUACUUAAAAGACCACAGCAUCAAGAGCUCGUCAACACAACCACACUGUGUCUUGCCUGACCCUAACCUGGAUUCCAGCUGCUGUCCUAAAGAGGCCUCGAAGGGAAGACUGGUGGUGAACAUCAUCCGAGCCUGGGGACUGAAAGGAGAUUACUGGGGCGUGACUGAGGGAUAUGCUAGGAUGUGGUACGGCUCCAUCUACCGCAAGACCCAUGUGAUCAGAUCAAACAACCCUCAUUGGUACACACCUUAUGAUCUGGUCGAGGUGGACACACACUCGGAUCUGAAGAUUGAAGUCUGGGAUGAAGACUGGCACACAGACGACCUUCUGGUUUCAUGCACAAAGCCCAUAAAGCAGGGGAAGCACAGUUUCACCUGCCAUGCUUCGAAUGGGAAUGUCAUGGUCCAGUACACUCUCACCUGCAACCAUCACCUGACUGGAGACAGGUGCCACCAGUACAAACCAUCUCCAUAAUGAGGAACGCAUUCACUAUACUGAGGUGGCACGCUCCAAUUCUGUUGAUUACUUUUUCAAAUGCAAUGAACCCGAUAGUCACAUAAGUCUUAAGUAAAAUGAGUGUCACACCAUUCGGUUUCCAGUUUUAAAUAUUUGGUAAUACUUAUUCACUUCUGUAAUUUAAGUCUAUAUUCAGCAUCAUAUGUGUUUCUAAACUUGAAAUCAGUUGUAGUUUAGUGUUCAGCCAUGUUUGAUUAUUGGAGCGAUAGUAGUCCUGUUUACUGGGUGGUGGGGCUGCAUUUGAAUCACCUGUGAUUGUGCUUUUGUCAUAUAAAAGAUGCUGUUGAUUAUUUUCUGAAUUAAUGUAUCAAAACUGUAAAAUCCUUCUGCUGACUACUGUGCAUUAUCAGAGUUACUAUAUUUGUCUUGUCUUUCUCAAGCCAAUAAAGACUUUUGA